AUGGAGCUCUCGACUCUGCUGAUCCUCGCUGCGCUAUUCAUCGCUUUCCGCAUCUAUCAAGCCCGAAGCGCUCCGUCAACGCCCAUCAUGUCUCACGGAAAGGUGUCCAACAUUGACAACGAGGUCAUCUUCAAGGCCCUCGUUUCGUCCGGCCCUGUGCUUGUUGACUUCUACGCCACCUGGUGUGGACCUUGCAAGGCCGUUGCCCCCAAGAUUGGAGAGUUUAGUGGAAAGUACGAGAAUGUUCGCUUCCUUCAGGUGGAUGUCGACCAGAUGCGUAGCACGGCGCAGCAGUUCAACAUCACUGCGAUGCCCACCUUUGUGAUGAUGAAAGAUGGACAAGAGGUGCAUCGGGUUCGGGGUGCAGACCUCAAGUCGAUUGACGACUGGCUGCAGAAGCAGUAG